AUGGCUUUGCUCCGUUUCUUUUCAAGAACCCUAAUAAAACCUGAGAAUCCUCCUCUACUUCGAUCUUCUUCCCCAAACCCUAACCCUAAUUUCAGAACUAUACCAUUCUCCACAUCAUUCCUCAUCACCAAAACUCCUGAUAAAUUCAAAAAGAAACGGAAAAAACCAGAAUCCGCCAGGACCAAACCCGUUCAACACGAUUCAACUCGAAUCUCUCACUUCGAGUCUCUCGUUGGUCGAGACGCCCAUUUCCGGUUUCUGAUCCGUUCCAAGGAAUUCAUCUCGAAGCAGCCGGAGCAUAUUCUCCGGCUCGAUGACGCCGGCAAGCUCUACCGUGAGCUCGGAUUCCCUCGCGGCCGCAAGGUGACUCGUUUCAUCCCUCAACAUCCUCUCAUCUUCCAGACUUAUCGACACAGCGAUGGAAAAAUGUGGCUAGGGUUUUCGGAAUUCAUGGAGGAUUUGUUGGAUGAAGAGAGAGCUUUAAUGGAUUCCAUGGAAGUCGAUAGAGUCAAUCGUGUAAGGAAACUAUUGAUGAUGACGAAAGAUAAACGGAUUCUAAUGAGCAAAAUCCACCAUACAAGGUUGCUUUUUGGGAUUCCUGAGGAUUUCAGGGAUCGGGUCGGGAAAUACCCGGAUUAUUUCCGGGUCGUGACCGGAAAAGACGGGAAUCGGGUACUUGAGUUGGUGAAUUGGGAUCCGAGUCUUGCGGUGAGUGAGCUCGAAAGACAGUUUAUGGUAGACGAAGAUAGAGCGGAACGAGCCUUUAAGUUUCCAGUAAAACAUGGAAAAGAGUUGGAAUUGGGAGAGAAAGAUACGAGGAAACUGAAUCUAUUGAAUACAUUGCCUCUGGUUUCGCCAUAUUCUGAUGGUUGGAAGUUCGAUGUAUGGACGUUAGACGCAGAGAAGUACCGUGUAGGGAUCCUGCACGAGUUCUUGAGCUUAACAUUAGAGAAAAGAGCUUCGAUUCAUCACAUUGUGGAAUUCAAAGACGAGUUUAGCUUGACUAGACAGACUUACCAGAUGCUCAAGAAGCAACCCCAAUCUUUCUACUUGGCGGGCACCGAGAUGAACUGGACCGUGUUCUUGAAGGAUGGUUAUGACGAGAACGGUGUCUUGAUCAGCAAAGAUCCGCAGGUCGUGUUUAAAGAAAAGCUGUAUAAGUAUGCCGAUAUGCAGCAGAUGGAAAUCACUUCUGGAGCAUAA